AUGAACGCAGCAUCUGAGCCUUUGGUGGCCAGCAGCAGGUCCCUGUCUGCAGCCAAGAGACACAAGAGCAUCAGGAAGAACUCCAGGAGGAUUUAUUCACCCUACCAGGACCACCAGCACGGCUUCUCAGAUGAUGAAGAUAAAGAUGAUGAGCGGCUGGACAGCAAUGACCCAGAGGAGAUGUUUCAAAAUAUUCAGUACCAGAAGGAGAUUAUUGCCAACAUCCGGACCAGACCCUGGCCCAUGAGACGAAAGCUCAAAGUCUUAAAGCAGGCCAGAGAGAUUGUCUUGAAGUACGAAGGCCGGCUGACCAGGACCAGAGGUUACCAGGCUGCAGGAGCUGAUCUGCUGAAGAAACUUUCCCGGCUCCUCUACAACAUUGUGGUCCUGUUCAUUCCCUGGGAGAUGAGGAUCAAGAAAAUUGAAAGUCACUUUGGAUCGGGUGUAGCUUCCUACUUCAUUUUCCUCCGCUGGCUUUUUGGGAUCAACAUCGUCCUCACUAUCAUGACUGGAGCCUUCAUCGUCCUACCAGAGCUGCUGGCUGGAGCUCCUUUUGGGACAACGAGGAGUAAAACCAUCCCCAAGGAGCAUCUGGCUUCGGCCCAGGACCUGGACACCAUCUGGUCUCUCGGGGGCUAUCUCCAGUACUCAGUGUUAUUCUACGGUUACUACGGCAGGGUGAGGAAAAUCGGCAGUGCUGGCUAUCGGUUGCCCCUGGCCUACUUUCUGGUUGGGAUGGCUGUUUUUGCCUACAGUUUCAUCAUUCUGUUAAGAAAAAUGGCCAAGAACUCUCGUCUGAGUCUGGCCAGCGCCUCCGAUGAGAACUUCACGUUCUGCUGGCGGGUUUUCUGUGCCUGGGAUUACCUGAUAGGAAACCCAGAGGCUGCGGAGAGCAAAGGAGCUGCCAUCGUCAACAACAUCAGGGAAGCCAUUGUUGAAGAGCAGGAGAAGAAGAAGGACACAAGUCUGGCAGUUUUAAUCAGCCUUCGUAUCUUAGCCAACAUCCUGGUGCUGCUGUCACUGGCUGGCAGCAUCUACAUCAUUUACUUUGUGGUGGAUCGUUCUCAGAAACUGGAGCAGGAGAAGCCCGAGCUGACUCUGUGGGAGAAGAACGAGGUGAGCGUGGUGGUUUCUCUGAUCACCAUGAUCGCCCCAUCUGCCUUUGAGCUGGUGGCUCAGCUGGAGAUGUACCAUCCACGAACCUCCCUCCGAUUUCAGCUCGGCAGGGUGCUUGUUUUGUACCUGGGGAAUCUCUACAGCCUCAUUAUUGCUCUUCUUGAUAAGGUCAACAGUAUGAGCUCUGCUAUCCCUGUGAGUCCAGGGAACUGGUCUGACAGCUCCUUCCUGGCCACCAUCUCCCAGCCAGAGGAGGAGAGCCUCUCCACCUUGGUGUCCGACGUCUCCGAACAUCGCAACAGCACCAUAGCGACCAUCGCCAUGGUGCUAGAUGUUAGUAACAGCACCAAGAGCAGCACAGUGACCAUCUCUAACCAGACAGCACUGUUUGAGAAGAACACUCGCUCUCAGCAGGACCAGUGCUGGGAGACCUACGUUGGACAGGAGAUGCUGAAGCUGUCGAUCAUUGACAUGAUCUUCACUGUGGCCAGCAUUCUGCUUAUUGACUUCAUCAGAGGUUUGGUGGUGCGCUACCUGAGCGACUGCUGCUGCUGGGAUCUGGAGAGCAAGUUUCCUGAAUAUGGAGAAUUCAAAAUAGCUGAGAACGUCCUGCACCUGAUAUAUAACCAAGGGAUGAUCUGGAUGGGGGCGUUUUUCUCUCCCUGUCUUCCUGCCUUCAAUGUGUUGAAGCUGAUUGGUCUGAUGUAUCUGAGGAGCUGGGCAGUCCUCACCUGUAAUGUUCCUCAUCAGCAGGUGUUUAGGGCCUCCAGAUCAAACAAUUUCUACCUGGCUAUGCUGCUGUUCAUGCUGUUUCUGUGUAUGCUGCCCACCAUCUUUGCCAUAGUAAGAUACAGGCCGUCCCAGCACUGUGGCCCCUUCAGUGGUCAGGAGAAGAUUUAUGAUAUCAUCUCUGAGACAAUCACCAGUGACUUCCCCCUGUGGUUCAGUAAAGUGAUGAGUUACGUCACCAGCCCUGUUGUUGUGCUGCCAGCACUGCUGCUGCUGUUCAUGCUGAUAUACUACCUGCAGGCCAUUGCCAGAUCUCUCAAAUUCACCAACAACCAGCUGAGGAUGCAACUGCAGACUGAGCGGACAGAGGAUAAGAAGAAAGUCUUCCAGAUGGCUGCAGCACGACUCCAGGCUCCAGACACAGCAGCCGAUAAGAAGUCGGAUCAACAGGAGAGCGACAUCACUAGCCACGAGUCCUCCAUCCACACGCCAUCUCCACGACGCAACGGCAGCGUCACCAACUUUCAGUCCCCUGUUCACCGUGGCAACAGCAUCCGCACCAUCACCCAAUCAGCAUCAAGGGCCGACCUAAACAGAGGAAGUGUUGCUGGAUCCUCCAGAAGUCCAACAGUGUCGAUACUGCACAAACACAGGUUGCAGCACAUCUCCAACAGGCACCCACCAUUUCUUGGUGGCCCCAGUGGCACCAGCAGGUCCAAGUCCUACCACCACGUGGCGUACAAUCCCCCAGGUCGCUACUCUGACAGCAUCCACUCUGACCCCCUGUACAGGAAGACCAUCCGGCCCAUGCACGCUGCUGAGGCUGCCGGGAUCAUCACUGCACAGAGCUACAUGGGGCGGCGCGCUCACGCCACCCGCUACGUCAUCCUCAACGAGCACGACGCCAGGAAGAAGCUGCUGCGCUCGGCCACGCGCAUCCCACGCCACUACUGUGUGGAGGAGCCCGGAGAGAUCCUGGAGCUGUACCCGCGCAACAUCAAGCGCUAUGCACCUCGCACCCCCCACCCUCACCGCGCCCACCCAUCACAGCCACAUCUGAGCGAAGAGGAAGAGGAGGAGGAAGAGGGGAAGGGGAAGGGAAAGGGGAAGGGGAAGGGAAAGGGUAUGAGGAGGGGGUCAUUCGGGCAGGCUCAUCGGCCUCGCUCUCUCUCUGACCUCCACCAGCCGGCACGCUUUUACAUUGGUGAGCGUGUAGAGAGCCAGCUGUCCAUGGCAAAAGACGCUCCCUCUGCUCGGGGAAGGUAUGGCGCCCAAGAGGAGGAUGAAGAGGAGGAUGCUGAAGGAGAAAUGGACUGGGAAGAUUUAGAAGCCCACUCACAGACCAAUGCAAGAGGAGCAGAGCCUCUCCUGGUCCAAACCAGACGUCACACACAUUCCCCAGGACGGCACAGUCAGUCCCCGGCCAGGACCAGGAACAUGGAGCCACAGGUGAAGCCCAAGACCAGGCGGAAGCAGCUGGAGCCCUCUCUGACCGAGUCGGACUCGGCCUCGCUGGCCUCCAGCAGUGACCAGCAGAACAGCAGCACCGACCAGUACAUUCAGGUCAUCCACAACAAGGAGCGUUACCUUAAGUCUGACACCAGGCAAGGAAAGCUGACCAAGAAGAAGUCCAAAGCCAGCUUUGAUCUCAAUGUCUCAGGGUCAAAUGACCUAGUUUGCUCCAACGUCUGA